AUGGCAAUAUCUGUACUGCGGCCACACUACCGCUUACUAGAAGCGGGUUUACCUAGCGGCCAGAGGCGAGUUCGUCCGUCGUAUCAAGCUACGGCCAAGUUCUUUGGUGGAGGAGGUGCAGAUUCUUGUCUCGAGGAGUCGGGCGUGGAGGACUUGAUCUCCCCUCCUUCAUCGCCGGGGCAGACUGCCGCCAGUGGAAUCAUUAGGAUAGGCAGCGGAAAAUUUGUUUCGUUGGCUGCACAUUUGUCAACCAAAUACUGUGAGAAGGUGUGGAAAUUGUCAAGAUCACUUGAGCCAGUGGUUGAAGUAACAAAGCUUUCUAGACUGGAGGGUUGGCCGAAGAGCUUUGAGGCAUCAAGGCCCACUGAUGACAACAUUGCGUUGUAUUUAUUGCCCACCGAGAUGAGGCAAGAUGCAGACCUGGAUCAACUUGUUAAAGAAGUCGUGGAGAAUGAUAUGGUCCUACGAGCUAUUGUUGGUGAAGCUGAGAUGCUGAUAUUCCCAUCUAUUCUACUGCCUGAGCAACACCAAACUUUCCAAGGAAAACCCUACCUGUGGGCGGUAUUUAAGCGCAGAAUAGUGGAAGAGGAACAACAUGGCAAAGGACAUCGUGCACAGGAGAAGGGAAAACAGCAGGCUUCACAUUUCAGUGUGGGAGAAGUGUUAAACAUGGAAGCUGGACUUGAAGCUUCUGAGGAACCGGAGAUGCAAGGCAUGGAGCAGGAACAAAAUCCCAAGUUGGCUGGACCCAACGCGCCGAGUCCUACAACUGAAGCUCCUACCGCGGCUGCAGCUACAAUGUCUGCAAACCACUGUCAAGACCACUCAAACAUGGCUGCUCCUACAGGAGCAUUGUUUGGCUUUGUGGUUCAGCGAACUCCGCGACUCGAGCAACUCAUCCAAGAGAUGCAGCGCGAAGGUGCUGUGAUGGUUGCAAUGCAAGGGCAGAUGAUAGGGCCAGGUCUUGGCAUGGGCAGGCAGUAGCAACAGGGUUGAGAGGAGGACGAUUUGGCUUGGAGGCUGUUGUCGUCCAAGUGGCUAGGCAAGGAAGCUGACUUGGACCCGAGCCUUUGUGUACACCAUCGCCUGUGCGUGUCACCAAUAGAUAGAGACAAAUGGGAAUAACCGAACCACGUCUACGAAAUCAACAGUCGCGACCGACUAUUAAGAUCCUCGCGACUUCAGUCUUUUGCAACCUGGUAUUCUAGUUAGAGGUUUAGUUUGGUGUUGGCUAAAAUGCAUCUAAAAGUUAUCAUGUCAGCGCAUGUGUUCUCAGAUGCAUUUUGUUCUUCAGUAUAGUUCUGCUUGCAUCUCCUCCCGUGCUGGUGUCGAACAAGCUUUGGCCUAGUUGCUUUUUGCUUGUAGCAUCGAUUUUGUUUUUUCAUUGUAAUCUUUUCUCUCCAUCCAUGCGUUCCUGUAACACUGGCACUGCUGCCUUUUGCUGCGUGCUGUUGGUCCACUUUUUAUUGGCUUUUAUUGGCCCGUA